AAUAACAGCAGGCUUGUUUGUUUGGAUGCAGAAGGCAGCAGCGGCAGCAGCAGUGGGCUUUUACGGGACCCUAAAGAUUGUAAGGUGGACAAAAACCAAAACAAAACGACAACUUUCAAACACCACAAUGGUCUGCGAGUCAAACUGAGACACUCUAAGCUCAGCUGCUGAAGACUUGCAUCACUCAAGCUUGUUCCCACUGAACAAAGAAGGGAAGGAAGGCAGGAACAACAGGGGCGAAUAGUUAUGUUCAGAACAAUCACCCGUCUUCUUUUUGGUGGCGAGGAGGAGACCCCAGAAGAUGUCAAGUCUGGAGAAGCGGUGGAGGAAGGGUGGCUUGUUGUCAACCAUCAAGAAGCAGAUUCAGCAGAAAGCAAGGAUGCGCUGUUGACUGAUGCCCAUCCGUCUAACUCUGCUCUUCAUGGAAACACAGCUGCAAGUGUUGAAAUUGUCAGUACGGUAGAUGCAGAGGACAGAGACCAAAGCAGCAGCAGCAGCACCACCUCGAGUCAAGUCAUUUCUUUUCCCCAGCCUAAAGCUGUGGCAGAGAUUGCACAGUUAGCCUGCGUCCAGAAGGCUAAGGCCUGGGCAGACCGACAACAUGUGUCCCGUAACGCUAUUCAGCGCCAGAACCGCGUUCACCAAGGAGUCCAACACCAUUCCUUCAACCUCCAACAGCCAGGACAUCGCAGCCUCAACCACUGAAGCCGUGGCUGUACAACCAAGAAAUAAUUACAGCUGAUUGCCUGACUCACUAAUACACAGAUAAACACCAAAUAAACACACAACAUAAAGUCAGACUCAAUCAUGAACGGUGGAUUCCAUCAUUUUUUGUGAUUUUGUGCAACUCAAGCUUUACAUCAAUUGUCGAUGUAACACUUCACAACAUUUAACAAAUGUUACCAAGUAAUAGGCAGCUACUUUAUCGUUUAUUUUGGAAUGAAGACAUUCACCUCAUAAAAAUGAAAUACACUAUGUUUUUUUUUUUUCAUGUGUGUCCAUUUUAACUUGUGUGCACUUGGUUGAAAACCUUUUUAGACCUCAAUAAAAAAACAAAAUAUGA